AUGAGUGAAAUAUUAUAGUAAGAUGAAGAAAUUUAAUUAGAUCAAGAAAAUAUUAGAGGAUAUUUAGAUGAUGAAAUUCUAGGAUAGAUUGUAGAACAAUAUUAGCAUUAAGGACUCACAAACUAAACAAUAACAUAAUAUACUUAGUUAGUCUCAAGAGGUUGCCAAUUAUUGCAUCCAUUAUUGCCAAAGCUACCAGACUAAAAAGGAGUAAAAUUUAUAAGCUAACAAGAAUUACUCAAUUUAGAUAAAACUUUAUUGGGACGACUUGAGAGUGAUCAGAGAUUCAGAACAUAUCGCGAGAAAAUUAUGAGAAAUAAUUCUCAAUCUUUUGUGCGAAAAUUCAAUCUAACAGACAAGAGUCAAUCUGUUUUGAAUGACAGCUGCUGCUUGAAAGAAUAAAUUUAAUUUCAAUUGGAUCACAAUAAAACACAAUUAAGAUAUUAGGAAGAACAGUAAAAGCAAAACAUAAUGAGAACAACGUUUGCAAGAUCAAGAUCUUAUAAUCAUAACAAGUUACCCAAAAUAAAAACAUAUCCUGCAAAAAUCGAUGAGGAAGGAUAAAUUAUGCCAACCAUAAAAGCCAAAGUUAUACAAGUACAGCAACCUGAAGAAGAGUUCACAAUUCCUACUCAUUAUUUAGGAUGGAUAGAUAUGUUCUUUGGAAAAUGGAGACCUUAAAUGAGAGAAGGAGCUUCCUUGAAUAAUAUCUCUGGGAAAUUAUAUCUAUUUGGAGGAAUAAGUAGCAAACCAUUUAAUGAUGUUGUUAUUUGGGAUCAUAAGGAAUGGUUCCAACCUCAAGUAAUUGGAGAGAAAGCCCCUUUUGGUAGAACCAACCAUAUUCACUGUGUCUAUAGAAGAAACAUCUAUAUAUUUGGAGGUGAGAAACCCUAUGAUGGUUAACAGAAGAUAAGGGAGAGCACCAAUGAUUUCAGAGUGUUUAAUACAGAAAAUAAUGAAUUCAAAGCCUUGAGGUUUGGAGGAGAGGUGAUUGAAGGGAGAAGGGGAGCAUCUGGUGCAAUUGUAGGAAAAUAUAUCAUUAUCCAUGCAGGAGUCAACACCAAAGGGAAAUAUUUAAGUGAUUUGUAUCACUAUGAUAUUUUGAACAAUAAGAUGAUUUUAAGUUAAGUUGAGCAGAAUGACUUUUUUACUAAUGGGAUUGCUUUUCAUACGCUUAUCUCCGUCUUCAGCAGUUAAAGGAAUAUCCAAAUUUAUAAAAACUAUAUGGAUCCUGAGGAAAUGAAGGAAGUCAAAUAUAAAGUAGAAGGAGUGUAUUUGUUUGGAGGAGAAUCUAAAAUAGGAGCAUUGUAUUCUGGCUUAUACAUGCUGAAUCCUUGUACUCGCCCUAUGUAAUGGUCUUUGGUUUCAGGCAAAGGAUAAUUACCAACUAGUAGAUACAAACACUCGGCUUCUUAUUGUGAACGACAGGGAAUUAUUAUUAUUUAUGGUGGAAUAAGCGAAUCAUCUGAAUUUUUAAAUGAUUGCCACAUUUUCAAAAUUGAAACUCAAUCUUGGAGCAAUGUCGAUUUAGAGUGCAAAGAAGGAAGAGCAGGUCAUUGUGCUGUUGUGGACGAUCAUAAACUUAUGAUUUUUGGAGGCUAUAACGAAACUGGAUUUCUUAGUGCUGACUUUCAGAUUCUAGAAAUCGAUUCUAUGAUAGCCUAUCGAAACAGAAGAUAAGCCAAUAUAUCGAGUCAUCUUAUAACUAAUCCUUUAUAAUUAUCGACAACGAAUUAAAAUGUCAAAACAAAGCAGUAAAAUUACACUGACAGAAUGAGUAAAAUAAGAGAAUAAGUUGCCAGUCUUUCUUAUAAUAUUAAAUCUUUCAUACCUAAACCUAUCAUUAAAUAAAUAUCUGCCAAGAAUCUCAAUAAAAUCAAUAAAGAAUAAAUGCUAUUUUCUUAAAGGUUGAAUGAGGAGACUUCUGAAUUAAUCAAAGACUUUGAUUAUAUAGAAGAAAGCAAAGAUGAAAUGAAGAAUUCUUCCAAGCUGGACGGCUCUCCAAAUUCAAAUAAAAAACUUACUGAUAGGCGCUCAAUUUCAAUUAGAAAUUUAUAACCAUUUUCCCAUUGA